AUGAAUAACAAAAAACUAUUUUUGAUUUUUGCCCUUGCAAUAAUUCAAUUAGCUUGCUUUUACGCCCACUAAGAAGAUGUGUUCGAUGAAUCUCUAUUUCCUACUAUCGACACCACUGACUUUAGUGAAGAAGGUAGAAACCUAUAACAAGCCUAAGAAAGACCUUUCAAAAUAACUUAUGAUAUUAGUUAUUUCAACUCAUUGAAAGAUAAUCCAAGUGAUGUACUUUUCAAAUAAAAAGUAGAACAAGUCAUGAAAAUUUCUGUUGAUUACUUCUCUAACUUGUUGAAGUUUAUUCCUCGUGGUAAAGGAUAAAUGAAGUGGACACUUGAAAGACUCAUUUGUGGUGGUGGAAAUUUGCUUGCUAGAAUUCCUGAAUAAGACAAAACCGAGGACAAAGAUUCUGAUUUACACAUCUACCUAGUUUAUGUCAAUGAACCUCUUUAAGAAUAUGUUGCUUAUGCUGGCAUAUGCAGAGAACUUCCUGGAUCAGGCACAACCCAUGCUUAGAUCACUUUUAAUCAAGCUUGGUUUAACAAAUAAGAUCUAUCUAAUCAUAAGAUUUUUUUGAAUAUGUAAGGAUCAGUUUUUCAUGAAAUAAUUCAUGUUUUAGGAUUCACAGAAAAAUCAUACUCUAACUGGAUUGACAGUACUACUAAAUAAAAUCAUAAAAAAGUCACUAUCUAAUAAAUAGUAAGAGGCUACAAAGUUAAGUUUAUUCAAACCCCUUACGUAAAGAAGGCUGCUUAAGAAUUCUUUGGAUGCCCAACUCUUCCUGGUAUGCCUUUAGAAAAUCAAGGUUCAGCUGGCUCUGCUGGUUCUCACUGGGAAUCUACUGUAGUAAGUGAUGAAAUUAUGAAAUCUACAGUUAUUAAAACUAACUUCUACUUAAGUGUUUUCACUAUAGCCCUCCUUAAAGAUACUGGCUUUUACAGCUAAGUAAAUGAUAGCAUGGCUGACCAAUAUUUCUAUGGUAAAGAUGCUGGCUGCGAUUUUGUUUUAUAAGAAUGCAAUUCAACUAAUAACAAAAAUGAAUUUUGUAGUAAAGAAUCUGAAAAACCUGAAAACUAGUGCGAUUUUUAUGGUAAUGGAGUCUCUAACUGUGAAUCUGGAAAAUUUUUAGAUAAUAAUUGUAUGCAACGUGUUGUUGAUGACAGAGGCUAUUGCUUUGAUCCUGUUAAAAAUUCUAAAAGCUCUACAUUAUAUACUAAUUACUAUGGUCAAUAUUUUGGUGAAAACUCCAAGUGUUUUAUGUCUACAUUAGUACAAAAGAUUGUUGGAUCAACAUAUGAAUUAUAAGGAUCUUGUUACAAGUAUGAAUGCAUAGAAUAAAGUAAUAUGCUAAAAGUGUGGGUAGGAAACGAAUCUGCAAUUUGCAGUAAAAACGGAGAAAAGCUAACAUUUAAUAAAUAUAAUGGAUAUCUUUUGUGUCCUGAAAAGAUAGAUUAAUUUUGUCAAUUUAAAAAGUUUUGCCCAAAUUACUGUUCUAGCAAUGGUUAUUGCCUAAAUGGUAAUUGCGUAUGCUUAAAAGGAUAUUCAGGCAAAUCUUGCGAAAAAUAAAAUUGA